UAGUCUCUAACUUUGGUGUAUCUGAAUAAGUAACUCAAUCGUUGGUGGGAGCCUAUCAGGAAGACCCUGUCACGAUGGACAUCAUUCGCAAACUUCAGGCAAAAGACAAGGCCACAGAAAGUGAGUUUGUGAUGGUGGACGGGCUUCUCUAUCUUGAUAAGGCCGGAAUAAAAAAGUUAGUAGUUCCAUCUAGUGAACGUUUGCGUAGUUUGUUUCUAGGAGAAUGCCAUGACGCAACCGGACACUUUGGCUACAAGAAGACGAGUGUUAAUCUAGUUCAACGAUUUUGGUGGUCUGGAAUGCUAGAUGACGCAAAGAAGUACGUAGAGACCUGUCAGGUCUGUCAACGGGACAAGCCGCGAACUCAAGCACCGCUUGGGUUGCUGAAGCCCUUACCUAUCCCCGCUGGUCCAGGACAGAGUGUUUCCAUGGAUUUCAUAGAUACCCUGGUGACCAACAAGAGUGGCAAGAGGCACAUCUUCGUCAUCAUUGAUCGAUUCACCAAGUACGCUAGACUAGUUGCCAUGCCAGAGACCGCAAGGACGGACCAUGUCAUCAAGUUGUUCCAGAAGAACUGGAUGUCCGGGGAAACGAACGAGGCCUAUCAGGCCCGGAUGCUGCUUCUGAUUGCAGAAGCAAAGCAACGGUCGGAUGCAGUAGCAGCCGCAGGAAAGAAGAAGGUGGAGGACGCCGAGAAGGCACGUCUGUUGGCAAUCGAACAGCAGCGCCAGCAAGACGAGGAAGCAGCAAAGGCUGCCGAUGAAGAACGAAUUCAACGACACGAGAAGAUAUUCAACGGAGAGCGAGCUUUGCCCAAAAUGGCAGCGGACUGGCGGGAGAAUGGCAAGAUGGAGGAGAGUGAAAACAAGAUCGCUCUACUCCUCUCCCAUCUCACGGACCUCCUGGCCACGUGCAUUGCACAGCAGGAGGACAUCCACAACCUCGACGACGCGGUUCAGACGCACAAUCAGGUGUUUGACCAAGUCAACAGCCACCUCCAGCAGCUGGAACAAACCGUGGCCGCCCCCGUUGCCAGCUCCUCCAACACCUCCGAUCGCCUCGAGGCUUUGGAGAUUGACGUCGGAUCCCUCAAGGACGGCGUGCAGUUACGGCAAGCCACAAUGCCACAGUUGGAGCAGCGGAUUUUGUACUACCGCCACCCACUCGAGAUCGGAACCGCGCGAGACAACUCCAAACUACAGCACGUCAGCGAGCACAAGCAUCACGCGUACUUGUACUCCCGGUCGGGGGGCGCGUGCCAAGCAUGGUUGGACAAUCUCUUGUCCAAGUAUGGGGUGGUAGCUGCCGACUUGCACACCAAGAUCAGCUGGGAUGAUCUAAAGGCGGCGUGGCAUAAGCGGUUCCAAGUAGAGCCGCCGAAGAUCAAGGCAAUAAACAAGCUGAUGACCUUCGAACAAGGCACGUUGCCGAGUGUUGACUGGAUUGCCAAGUACCAACGCUUGACAUCCGUCCCGGACAUUCAAAUGGGCUUCAAAGUCGUCAAACACUACUUCAUCUCGAGGCCGUGUCCGGCCUUGGGCAACGCCUUGACUCACAUCGAGGACACCCUGACGACAAGGGCGGAGCUCUUCGACAAGGUCGCGCAGAUCAUUGUCAUGAGCAAGGAGGCCAAGAACCUCCACCAUUCGUCUGCGGCAAGCCUGCGCAAAGAUCAGCAUCGACCGAAAGUGGUCGUGGUCGCGGCGGCAACGCCAACCGACCAAAUUAAAGUCGAUAGUCCUCCUCUUCUAUAUUCUUAUGAGGACUAUGCUGCCCGGCUCGUUCCUACGCUGGGUACUCAUGCUCAAGGACAAGACUUGUGUGCGACAUCUUCUCUGUCCGGCAGCGGCGACUUAUCGUUUUCAAGUGGUUCUUCACGAGAUUCGGCGCGCGAGUUCAACAUAGAGCUAUUGGACCCGCUCACGUCCGAGGAUUUCGCAUGGCUUCCUCUUCCGACCAAUAGCCGCUUGUCGGGACCGCAAUGCGCAACAUUAUGCGCUCAUCUUCACACGUAUCUAUCCUUCUAUGCACCACCAACUUCACCGACGGAUGACGAAGCUGUGGUGGGGGACAUCCUUGCAUAUGUUACCAAGGUGGCCUGCGAGUUUCACAAGCAUAGAUACGAUGACAACAACGCACCGCUCCUCUAUGUCCGCAUCCAAGUUGGGCAAGCGUCCUGCAACGCUUUGCUGGAUAGCGGAGCGUCUCACAAUUUCAUGAGCCAAGCCUUUAUGCAAAGGGUUGGCCUUGGCACACAAGUUCGGAGGAAGGCAAACCCGACGGCAAUCAAGUUGGCGAACAGAAGGACGCAGCAACUUAUCGACCGCUACAUCGAGGCCAUACCGGUGUAUUUCGCACCUCAUGCAUGCAAACCAGUGACGUUCGACAUUUUGGACACGGACUUCGACAUUAUUUUGGGAAUGCCUUGGCUUGCAAGUGCGGAUUACAUGGUCAACUUCCACCGGCAGACUUUUACCGUUCAGGACGCUUUCAACGUCGAAGUGUCGUGUACUUUUCCUCUUCCGCACCCUUCGAUCCGAUGCCAAGUGGUGACGGCCAAAUCAUUCCGGGUUACUUGCGCUUACGAGCAGCCCGACGAGAUAGGCCUAUGUUUCCUACCGACCGUCACGGUAGCCGACUCUUCACCCACGGACUCGUCUUCGGGCCCCGGUGUGGUGCAGUUGCUUCACGAGUUCACCGACAUUGUGCCGUAUCGGCCAAUCUCUUACAAGAUCAUUCUUGCGGCCGGUGUCGUGCCGUCAAAAGGUUGCAUUUACCGCAUGAGCAAGGAGGAGCUUGCGGUCCUCCGCGCGCAACUCGAUGACUUGAUGGAAAAGGGCUGGAUCCGCCCUAGUAGCUCUCAUAUGGAGCGCCAGUUCUCUUCGUACGGAAGAAGAACAAGGAUCUACGAUUGUGCAUCGACUUCGUGAGCGUUUUUGGUGGCCCGGCCUUCUCGGCGACGUCACACGCUAUUAUGAGUCACGCGAGGUUUGCCGACGCU